AUGCAUCCUCAUGAGCAUAACGGGUUUUGCAAGCGUUGCUUCGAUGUGGGGUCAGUCAACGCUCAGGGCGGACACGAUAUGGCCUCGGAAUGGCCAGUUGAUAAAUGUCACAGACACGACUCAGAAGGCUUUGACCUUUUGGAUCCUCCCUAUGAGGCAGUCAAGGACCUCGAUGUCCUGGAAGGCAUCGGCCAUACAGGAAUGACAAUAUCCAUCAUUCCCGCCCUAACUCAAUCCGAAAAACACGAUUCACAGAGCCGCCUCCAGGAAAUUCAGUCCAAAGCCGCUACAGGAUCGACUCUUAGUAAAGUAGCCUGUGGCUCUUCCAUCGCCACCCUUCCCGAAGACUCAGGAUCUGGAUCAAUUGCUGAAAGAACCUUUUUCAAUUUUAAAACGCUAGAGGAAGCGGGAGAGAUGGCACUGAUACACAACACAGCCGCUGAUGACCAUGACAAAACCACGUACUCGAAAGCAACCAACGAGGAUCCCACCCAGACGCGUGAUUUUGUGCACGAGUUGGCCAGCGAUAUUUACGGGAAGCUGGGGCCUACUAUUAAUCCCGAAGAUUGGCCACUUCUAUCAAGGACGCUCCCUGACCUUCUCAAAGCCCUUGCUAUCAAAAUUGGUAGCAGUGGCAACUCGCAGGCCCACCGAGACAUCAUGUACCUCAUACAUAAGGAGCACCAAAACAUUGUCGACAAAUUUCAGAACCUGAUAAUUUGCCCGCUGGAGGAUGCUGAAGUGCCAAUUUGUGCUGACGUUGACAAUAUGUCACUGCGAGACAAGAUGGACUUGUGGGAUCAAAUGUUAUCUGUCGACGAGGACAAAACCAGUCACGGCGAGUUGUUUCAAAAUAAGGCCGACAACGACUCCAGCACAGCUGCUUCAUUCAUGUACAAAAAGAUGGUCCUUGAAAGCAAGGGCUAUGACUGGCUGAUUCAAAGUCUCAAGACAGAACUCUUACUCGAACGGGACGAAACUGCUUCCUUGAGCGAUGGUACAUCAAUCCGACGACAGAUUCUUUCCAUGCUUCCGUCCGGGGAUAUCAGCAAACGAAUAUGCCCAACCAAUCACCAUGUCGUGUUUCGCAUCCCCACGCCAUCGAUUAAUCAUCUGCGGUCGGAUCGAAUCGUGGUUACUUCAAGUUCUUGCAAUCUUCAGUUGACACGGAUUUCAACAUAUGUGGACCAGACCUGGCCAUUGUUUGGCAGGAAAGUGCUCUCUGUAAUAUCUUUUCUCGGGAACACAUUCCAAGGUUGGGGCCGUCGCACAAGUUGGUUCUCAACCGUUCUGGGCGAUGAAACGGAACUUUUAACAUUUGCCGGACGGUCACAUUCGCUUGUCAGCCUCGUUGGGCCGAGUUACUCUAUCGCAGAAGUUGGGGAGCAGAUUGCCUGGCUUGUGGCUGCUACCUCUGAAUAUUCAUCUUCUGGCGAUGGCGGCGUCAUCCUCGGCAUCCCCUCAAUUUCCAUGACCGGCACAUUUCACUGUAACUCUUAUCCAGCCACAUGGGCAAGCUUCGAGUCUCUUCAGCCACUAUCCAGUACUAUCUCAAACACGGGAGCCUUUGUCGCGGUCGAAAUAGAAGUUCUUGGGAGUAAGAAACUUCUCCAAGGAAAGCCAGCAGCAUUUUGGGGUCGCUUGCUGGGAUAUUCAUCUGGUCCUCCAAUUAUCCAGAGAUAUCCGACGGCUCGGAGACGGGAAGGGUGCCCAGGCCUUGAACUGUCCUAUGACAUGUUGCAGGUUGCACGAAGCACCGGUUUCGGUCAAAGUACCGCCCUCAAAGAGUCCUUUGCUGCCCUUGUUCUAGCAGGAGCAUCUAAAGGCGUGUUCUACUGGCACGAACCGCACUCAUGUAGAUGCUCCACUGAGCUCUUCUUGGAAGCCCACGGAGACAGCAUCCCCUCGCAACCGCCUAGCGAUGCCUUGAAAGGCGCUCGGCAUGUCAUCUGCGACUGUGAGCUCUACAUGGAAACGGAAGGCGAUACAACCCCCUCGGCAUCCACGUCUACCUCCAGCACCUCUCUAACUGGUGUCAUUUUAUCGGUGUCAAGCGAUUCCGUAAACAUCAUCCAGCAGGAUCGUGUGGGCCCUGGAUUUUGCUUCUUCAAAAAUGUGCUUCAGCAUAUAGUCAAAGGCUAUCUCCGUCAGGCACCUAGCGAUGGCGCAACUUUUGUAGGCAACGCGAAAGCAUUACCCUCUGGAACACAUUCAUCCACCUCGAACGGCGACUCUUCAAGGCAAAGCAUGCCUUACAAACGACGCCGCGAGAACAAACACUCCAGGGGUGAUGAGGAUGAGAACAACCUUCAACCAAGGAAAAGACUCAAGGGCCCGCCAUCUCAUUCUUUGGAAAAGCCAAGAUUUCUGGCUUGCCCAUUCUGGAAACUCGAUCCAAACAAGCAUUGGGAGUGCUUUUUGAAGAAGCUCACAACGGUCAGUUAUGUCAAGCAGCACUUGAGUAGACGACAUACCCCUGCUCUCUAUUGUCAGACGUGCUUCGCCAUUUUUGACGACGAGGCCCUCCUCGAAAGCCAUAUCCUCAGCAGAUCCUGUGAACGAGAUCCUCUGGAAAGUUUGGAAGGUAUCUCGACAAUUCAAAGCCGCAAGCUCUCCCAGAAGUCCAAAGGGACGACCGAGGAGCAGUGGUAUGCCAUCUGGGACAUCCUCUUUCCAAGCGAGUCACGACCACUGAGUAUCUACAUCGACUCUGACCAGUCAGCAGACUUCGUUCUCCUGCGAGAGUUUAGUCAGAGAGAGGGUGUUUCUAUUCUUCACGACAGGAUUCGGGCAACAGGGCGAAUAUUGAGACCAGACGUGCCAGAGCAAGAGGUGAGGGACAUACUUCGCCAAGCGCUCGAUUCAUUCUUCGACUAUUACCGCAUGAACGUAGCCCCGGUCCCAGCGGAGCCUCCGCAGACUAGAAGCCGUACAUCGGGUGACUCAAGGCCGCAAGGGGUCAUGGCAGACAACCGAAGCACAGACAGCGGGGUGAUACUGACUUCUCACUCCUCUCAUGGCUCCCGUGCCGACGACCAGGCGAUCACAUCGAUGCCAGAGGACAACAAUGCAGGAACGCCGGCAAUAGAAGCCAUCGAGUCAGCGACCCAAGCUCAAACGGACCCCGUUGGUUCCUUACAAGUACUGGAAGCCUUCAACACGGAUGUAUCGGAGGACUGGGGGAUCUUAAGAGAAACGGAGAGUGUUUUCGGAGGGGCCAACUUAGACGAGCUAUACGAUAGGUUGAUUGUUCAAGGUGGUAUGGCGGAGCUUGAUGGGGGCCUGGACGCCGAAACAUGA